GCAAAUCCCCUGCAGACUUAAUCAUGGCAAAUACUGCGUGUCAUUUGUGCACCACACUUGGACCUGGCUGAUGGUAGUGGUAGUAAUUCACCACUGCUGUGAGAGACAACUCCUGGGGUGACGUGCCUUGUACACAAAUCUCUUUCCUCUUAUUUCUCCAGUUAGACCUCGCUGCCUGGCGUACUGUCUCGUCGACAAUGAGCAGAAAUACACCAAGGAUAAACACAAGGAGAAACUAAACUUUUCUUUUUCUGGUAUAAAGUUUUUCUCAUUCUUUUAAUUUUUAUCGCAAGCGUCUUUCGCCUCGUUAAAACAGCACCAGCUACCAGCUCACUUCGACUUUGCUGUUUACCUUCCCAUGUGAAAGCAAGGUCAAUAACCCCGCCCUCUCCUUGCUGAAGCCAAUCAGAUGGCCCAAAAUGCACGUGGGAACCGGUAAUGAAACCAAUCGCAGCUUGGUGUUUUCCUCAUCACCGGAAAACAUGGCGGCGCACAUUACCAGAGCUGUGAGAGGACUUGCUCCACAGGAGAGCGGCUGGCUGCUGCCCGCAGCAUGGCAGAUGUAUACUGAAGCAUGGCGUUGCCACCAUCACUCUGCAGCCUCCUCGCUGCGUUACAUCCCCCGUAGGGCAGUUCUUUACUGCCCCGGCAAUGAUGAACGGAAAUUGAAGAAACUGGCUUCGCUGGAUGUCGAUUGCGCUGUGUUGGACUGUGAGGAUGGUGUGGCCCUCACCAAAAAGGCAGAAGCCAGGGAAACCAUUCCCAGGAUGUUAUCAGACCUGGACUUGGGCCGGACUGAGAAGUGUGUGAGGGUUAACUCAGUUUCCAGUGGCCUGGCUGAGCUUGACUUGCAGAUCAUUCUGCAGGCGAAGGUUCUUCCCCCAGCCAUUAUGUUGCCCAAAGUGGAGGACACUCAGGAGGUUCAGUGGUUUGUUGACAGGUUUCACCACAACUUGAAAGGACGGCCGCUGACAGAACCCAUUCGCCUAGUCACCUUUGUGGAAACUGCUGUGGGCCUGCUCAAUUUUAAGGCUGUGUGUGAGGAAAUCCGACGGCUUGCUCCCAAGGCUGGUCUUCACCAUGAUGGCGUGGUGUUUGGCUCUGAUGACUUCUGUGCCAGCAUAGGAGCCACCCGGACUAAGGAUGCCAAGGAGCUCCUCUACGCAAGGCAAAAAGUAGUAGUAACUACCAAAGCCUUCGGUCUGCAGGCCAUCGACCUAGUUUACAUUGACUACAAAGAUGUGGAGGGACUGAGGCAACAGGCCAGAGAAGGUGCUCUCAUGGGUUUCACAGGUAAGCAGGUCAUCCACCCAGGACAGGUCCAGGCUGUGCAGGAAGAGUUCUCCCCCAGUCAGGAAAGAGUCCAGUGGGCCAAAGAGCUCAUUACUGCUUUUAACCAACAUCAGAAAGAGGGAAAGGGUGCGUUCACCUUCCGUGGCAGCAUGAUUGACAUGCCCUCGCUAAAGCAGGCUCAGAACAUUAUAACACUUUCAGCUGCAGUGCCGAAGAAAUAACGCUGCCUGUGAGAAGAAAUGUGAGGGACCACUCGACUAAACCCUGACAAGAGAGGUCAAAGGAUACUGGAAAUGUUGGAGGUCUUACUUUUUUUUUUUUUUUUAACAAAAUUAGUACUUCAAAACUUUUCAGACUGAUUCAAAUUGCCAGAUCUAAGAAUAUAGUGGUUCUCAGUUAUGUUUUUAAUAGCUGAUAUUUUGGAUGAAAUUCAGAUCAUUUAUGUGGCUGUUUCAGCAAAAUUUUACUUUUUCUGCUGUGCUACAUCUUCAGAUAUUUCACACAACACAAAUACAUAGUGAGUGUGAAUGGCACUGGCCUCAUGAGACCAACCUUUUCUGGUAGUGCAUGCACCACAAUUUUCAUUCUCCAGUGUGUGUGUGCCCAUACAUUUCAUCUCUCCUGGGUCAUGAUGAAUGAUCUCCCAUCUCCACAAAGGUAAACAAACACACUGAGUCGCUGUUGCAGGGCUAUUCAUCGGGCCACAGUCGGGCCACAGCCCUCUGCGCACAGCCUGACUCACAACCUCAAAUCCUUGCUUGCUUAAAAGUGAUGUAAAAAAAUAAAUAAAUAAAUGGAAGUAUGUAAACUUGUGUUAUUUACCUUUGUAAAGCCAUGCAGCUUUCUCUGUUAUAGCUGUGAACCUGUGGUUGAAUUUAUGUUCAAAGAGGCUUAGACAAAAACUAGUGCCACCAGUUUGAGAUGACCUGCUUUUGUAACAGCUUCUUUCUUUACUAUUGAAUCUAAUCAACGGUGGAAAAUAAAAAUGAACUCCUUGAUGAGAUAAGUAAGGAAGUCUUGUCACAAAUGAAAGCACAAAGGGGCUUAAUGGAGAGCUUGUCCGCAUCUGACUUGCAGAAACAGUGAAGUGGGUGUGAUGUUAGAAUGAGACAGAUUAGUGGCCAUGUUGCUCCAGCAGACCAGGACUGAGGCUUUGUCUCUCUAACUGUGGAUGGGAGGAUAAUUGGGGGGGUUGUUGAAUGGUUAAUACUGCCAUUGGUGACCAUGGUAAUGAAAGGCGCCAUACCACCUCUACCCCACCUCAUCCACUCGUCUCUCUCUGUGUCUCUCUCAUACUGUAUGAUCUAUUGUGUCUGGGGAAGAGCUGGUGUCUGUGCCAGGCCAGGCCAGACAAAAAGAUCGAAACCACUCCUGCGUCCAGCCAAGGACCCCAACAGUAAGCUGUCUCUCUGGCAUUUGGCCACAUUUCUCUGUCACCCCUGGUUCACGCUUUCUGCCGCGAAUACACCUUCAGCUUGUUUGUUUUCACUCAAACUAAUGAAAUACCCUGAGAUUGGUGGGCAGAAGCGUUGUAUGUGACUUCCAUUACAAUAGAUUCCAAAAUCUUAUUUAGGGAGACACAUUUUAUGAGAUUUUACAUGGAUGUUGAACAAGCAAUGUCGUGAACUUGGACACAAAUUUAAAAGAUGUGAAGCAAUGAGUGUCCUGGUACCGUUUGCUUAAAUUGUAAAUACAUUUUGUGUCAUAAUUUUAAUUAAAAUUUUGAUCAAACUGUGACUUUUGGAACUUUAGCUGGUUUCUUGCAAUUGAUGUUUGCUUCUGUUUUUACAGGUUUAACUGUAUGCCACCUACAUUAGUACACAAUAAAAAUUAAAGUAAGG